ACGGCGCCCCUAAAGGGGUCAGGCCCAGCCUCGGGCCCCCCAUGCCUGCAGCUGCACGCGGCGCCGGCCCCGCCGCGCCGCCACCCGCGCCGCCGCCCCCGCCGCGGCCGCCCCGGGGCAGCACCGCCAUCCCAGCGGUGGGCGCCUGGGCCGAGAUUGCCAAGCAGCUGCGGCUCCGCAGGGAACAGCUGGCUGCGAACGGCGGCGGCGGCGGCGGCGGGGGCGGGACACCUGCGGCCGCCAACCGCACAGGAGCACCUGAAGUGCCUUCACCAUCACCUGGCGGGGGUCAGCACAAGAGGGGUGGCGGCGGCUGCGGCGGCAGUGCCGGUGGAGUUGGCGGACGCACCGCUGAUCGGCAAGUUGCAGGCGGCGGAGGUGCAGCGGAUCCGCACGUGCCGGGAGCACAGCCGCAAGCGCAGGCGCCAGCGGCUGGCGUGCGGACGAAGGGCGCCACGCGCCCGAGGGGGGGCGUGCGCGCGACCGCCGUCGGGCCGCUCCUGGCGCGCCUGCGGCAGGAGCAGGAGCAGGAAGGGGGGGCGGGCAUCCCGGGCAGCGGCUCGUGAG